CGGAUCACAACCAAGAUGCCGAUUCCCGAGAGCGCCGAGACAAGCGAUACUGCUUUGACGUGGACAUGCGUGUUGAGUCUCGACACCAUGGGCCGGCUCAUCCGGCGUAUGAACUCACGCCUUGACUGCGCGGUCGACAGACCCGUAAUUCGCAUACGCUUGCAUGAGAUCCAACACGCUUUUCACCCAAUAAUAUUUUUCAGUCCUUUCUCUCCAUCUCUCUCUGCAACUUUCGCAUUUUGGUCCCCUUAUAGAGGACGCCUGUAUAGAUUUCUGUGUUCUCAGACGAGUCGGAGACAUACACACUCCUCUUUUCCGUUCCCACCAUCGAGCGGGGCUGGGACUAAACCUAAGACAAUGCUGGCGACAUCGUGCUCAUCUCAAUAGUAUGUCGGAUACCACUGCGAUACCUAGGCAUUUAAGAAACCCCGGGGAUGAUGGGUAUCGCACGCCAACCAUCGAAGACGCCGAACGGGCUCUCUCCAUCCACGGCGCGGACGGCGACCUGUUGUACCCAUCCAUGAGGAUACGCCAAGUUCACACUUCGGCUCUGGAAUCCUUGCACGACCCGGCCUUUCGGGCUGCGGUGGACACCGAGAAAAGGCGUCUGGACGGAGCAGGUGAUGGUACGGGUUUGCCGCGAAGACCAAGUGAGUCGUCGACAAUCCACGAUCUGACCUGGAAGCAGCGAAUCCGCCAUGUUACUUGGGCUUUCUUCACACUGACAAUGGCCACGGGAGGGAUCGCCAAUGCUUUGCAUGCCGUGCCCUUUCGAUUUCGAGGGCUGGAGACGAUUGGUGUCGUCGUCUUUCUGCUCAACAUCGUUUUCUAUCUCGCCAUUUGGGGUCUACUAAUCAUGAGAUUUUACUUUUACCCCUACACCUUCAAAGCAUCCCUCGUACACCCGACAGAAUCCUUGUUUGUGCCCGCGUCCGUUGUCUCGUUCGGCACCAUUCUGAUCAAUAUCUCUCAAUAUGGCCCCCCGAAGACUGGGCCUUGGCUUGCCCACGCAGUAGAGAUCCUAUUUUGGAUUGAUUCCGCUCUUGCUGUUAUCUUCUCUGCUGGCAUAUAUCUUCUUCUGUGGUCCACGCAAUCUUUCACCAUUGCCCAGAUGACACCAGUCUGGAUAUUUCCAGCCUACCCCAUGCUGAUCAUUGCGCCCCAUGCCGGCGUUCUCAGUGCUGAGUUGGAACCUUCCCGUUCUUUGACAAUACUUAUUGGCGGUACCCUUAUCCAAGGGAUCGGGUUCUUAGUGUCUCUGUUGGUCUAUGCGGCCUUCAUCUACCGCUUGAUGACACAGAAGCUCCCCAAAGAGAAUGUUCGACCAGCUAUGUUCGUUUCUAUUGGUCCCAGCGCCUUCACUGCAUCCGGCCUUGUGAACAUGGCCGCCGACGCAAAGAGGGUGUUUCCGAAUGAUUUCAUGGGAAAUGGAUCUCUAGCGGCGGAUGUCCUGAGAAUUAUUGUCAAUUUUGCUUCGUUAUGGUUGUGGGGCUUGUCUCUGUUUUUCUUCUUUAUAGCCACCGCUGCUAAUCUGUCAGCAACUGGACAAGGCCGGAUGGUUUUCACGAUGGGCUGGUAUUCCUUUGUAUUCCCCAACACUGCGCUGACCACCGCGACGUUCGCCAUUGGGAAGGCAUUUUCGUGUAAGCCAAUUCAGAUUAUUGGCUGCAUCAUGGUGUUCCCUCUCAUCCUGAUGUGGUUUUUCGUCACCUUCAUGAUGAUUCGUGCCAUUACCCAUCGCCAGAUCCUAUGGCCUCAGAAAGGAGAAGACAAAGAUGAAGGUGGAUUUGAGAUGAGACUUCACGGCAAUUUCAUGAGGAGCUAGCUCGAUGGACAGACUCAUUGGUUCUGAUAUUCUCAGUUAUAUAUGUAAUACUAUAUAGAGCAGGAUAAAUAAAAACGCCCAUAACGAAUCCUGGGGGAUUAUUCGCAGCUCUGGCAUGCGUCUGCUAGGGUCUUGCAGUCC